AUGUGGUCAUCGUUUUUAAUCAUACCCACACUUUUCAUCGCAAUUCAAGCGGUCACACUGCUGGACUUUUCAAUGGAAAAGCCAAAUGACAAUUUCAUCAUUCAUUCAGUACUAACUGAUGCGUCAACAUCUGAACAGUGGCAUCUGAGUGAAUCAGUGGCUGGUAAGACAACAAUUCGUGGAAAAAUUCAAGUUUCAGGAAACACUCAUAAGUUUGAGGUGUUUUAUCAUAAAGAUCGAGAUGAAAAUAGACUAUUACUCUCAGAUGGUUCGUGUACAAUGAACUCGUAUCUCGGUUCUAGUUGGAGUAACAUGUUACCGGGAGUGGACAAACCAUUGGUCAACAUGAUUAUUAUGCUUGGCCCUUCACUCAUAUUUCGCCUUAAUAACAAUGGUGAAUUCACCUGGAAACAGGAAACUAUUAAAGCCGAGGAAGAAGUCAGAGGAGUAAAAGUCACCAGCUAUUCAACCCUAAUUGGAACAACCUUCAAGCUAAUUAUUAGCUUUAGAUCUGAUCUCAAUUUCUUAGAGGGUCUUAGAGAUCCAAUGAGAAUAAUAUUCGAGGAAACGAAAUCAAGCUCAGUUGUUAUUACAGAGAAAUUCAUUUUGGAUUACUAUUCUUUCAAGCCUACAAACAUUAAUCUUGAUAAAUUGGUGGAAGUAACUCCAGGCUAUGGAUGUGUCCUCUACUUUCAGCCAGGUCGGAAUAUCCCCAUGGUAUCAAGUCCACAAGUUCAUUUGACAUUUAUUGAAACUUAUUCGACCGGUGAAAACCAGGCCAUAUUACAAACUGAAAAAGUUGAGAUUUUCGCCGAUAUUGAAACCAACUACUUGCGUGUUAAUCAAGCUUUUUCUGGCUCAUCUUCCGUUGAAACUGUUUACGAUACUGAUCUAGGAAUUGGAUAUUCCUUUAAUCACUCGAUAUGUGGAAAUAUUUACCUGCCCAAUGAAUGGCCGUUUGCCGUUGAUUAUUGGGAAUCAACCAGACGCUCACAAACAAUUGGUGGACUUGAUUACAGCAAAAUAGUUACAACUUUCUAUUAUGCAACUGAGAGCGAUGAAAAUGGUCACUAUGGAAAACAUUUAGUUCCAACUUCGAUUAUUUCCAAGGGCACUGCACAGAGUAAAUAUAUCAACAACUUUUACCGAAGACGAGAUAUUCAUGAAUUUCAGGACUUUAUUGAGGACUUUCAAUACGAAAGUGCUUUUCAAGUAAACAGUUGUAACAAUGAUUGGGGCCGCAGAAAAUCAAUUACCCUAUUGAUUGGUUCACGAGAUUCGAAUGGCCUUAAGAUUGGUGUACAAAAUGUGUUUAAAUUACGAAAUUCAAUAAGAAAUUUAAUAACAAGCAGUAUGAGACUUUCGCCUUUACGUAUUGUUGACAUUGAUAUAUCGUUUACGAGUGAUAAAGUUCAAGCGGAACUUAGUAUCAUAGAGAAGCCAAGACUCGAAGAAUCAUUUGAAACUUGGGAUCUCAGAGUUGAUGCCAAUUUAUUGAACGAAAAUGGCUUCAGUUUUCAUUUGAACAAUGUUGAAGAGUGUUUAAAAUUUUUGGCCUCCAAUACUGGACUCAAAGCUGUUGCUUAUUGUGGCUCAACAGAGAGAUGUCUUGGUAUUAAGGACAUCAAAACGGUAUCAAAGGCUACAACCAAGGGUGCUACAGAUAACUGCAAAAUUUUCGUGAUAACUUUCGGCAAUCUAAACCACCUAAAUGAACAAAUAGCCCUGAAAGAUAUUGAUGAGACCUUCAAAAAAGUUCUGGUUGGAUCGACCAUUGAACUUUUUGAUAACAAUACAGUUAAACAUGAGCUGAUAAUAAAUGAGAUUCUUGAUACUUCGGAGGAUUCUAAAAGUGCCCUGAGUAGGCAAGCAUUCAGCGUAUCCAAAUUAGGUGCUAAAUUGAAUAUCAAUCAAUCCAAAGGUUUGGUCAAGUCUUUUGAUUACAACUUUGGUCAUUGUUAUCGAUACUGUGAAGAAUCAAAGGAAAUGGAUUGUUCCGUCUUCUCCUAUUGCUACAAUUCAACUAGUGAUUCUUUUGAAUGUUUAGUAGCAUCAGAAUCAAGUGUUACUAAUGGUCAAGAUAAAGGUGAUAAUUUCAUCGUAGAAUCUGGUUGUACAGUUUAUAAACGUAAUUUGUUGCUUGAUUACAAGAAAUUACCUUCAAAAGGUCUCAAUGAUUUGAUUGAUUAUUCUGUUCGAUAUUCAUCAAGUGUUGAGGAUUGUGCAUCAAAAUGUUCGCAAUCAGCUGAUUGUCAUUUGUUUGAAUAUUGUAAUUCGGAAUCACUUUGUUUCCUUCAUGAUAAAAGUAAUCGAAUCAAUAAAUUGGAUCAUCAAACAAACAAUUUAACCAAUUGUAACGUUUAUCUGUUGAAAGCUUCAAAUAAUUUUCGAAUCACCGGAAGCAAAUUAGUUACUGAUGUUAUCCAAACCGAAACUCAUCUAGAUCUUGACCAAUGCUGCAUCGUGUUUCAAGUGGAGGUCACCAAAUUCAAAAUCAUCAUCUAACGAGUGCCGAUCAUUCAAUUUCUGUGCCAAAGGUCAAUCUAAUCUUUGUCAACUUAGCAGGGUAACAGUUCAUGAUGCGAAUGUUCAACUGACCGAUUCAACAACAUGUAUCAAUUACGAAAUGAUAUCACCUAAAGUUGACCUGGAAAAAUCAAAUAACAAACCAAAAGUCUCUGAGUUCGGUGGUGGAUCCAUUGUAAUGUUAAUUGUCUAUAUCGCGAUUGGAUUAGGUUUUGGUACAGUUUCACCGUUUAUUUAUAAAAAGAUAAAAUCAAGAUAUAUGACUAAUGAAUUACCAAUGGAAAGAUUAUCCUAAUUUUUCAACUUUAUCCUAUUUAUAAUAAUAAUCGUUCUUAUUUGAUUUUUCAAUUGCAAUUGUAAUUCAUAUUAAUAACAAUUAAAACUGAGAAAAUACUCCAA